AUGAAUUUGAGUUCACUCAAAAAUCAAAUAACAGAUGUCAAAAAGUCAAACAUAGACAUACAGAAACAAAUAAGUGAAAACGAAAAGAAACUAGAAUACGACAGACACACAAAGAAACUCAAUGAGUUAAACGUAGAGAAAAAGAAGAAAGAAGAACAACUGAAAGAACUAAGUACAGAGCAAUAUGCGAAAAAAGUGUCAGAAAAAGCAGCAGAAGUAGCAAAAAUGGAACAAGAUGUUUUAAAUUUGAAAAACCAUACUACUCAAUAUAAAGUACUGAAAGAUGAAGAGAUAAAACAAAAAGCCCUGAAGACAUAUAUGGAUAGCGAUGAGUAUAAAAAAGAAGUUGAAGCAAAUGUAAAGGCAGAAAAACUUUUACAGUUGCAAAACCAAACCGUACAGUAUGAAAACUUAGCACAAGAAAGUAAAAAUAACGACGCAGCCAUGCAAAAGGCAAUGAAAAGCGCAGAAUAUAUAAAAGCUAACAAUGACUGGUUAGAUGCCCAAGCCAACGCUAAAGCAGCCCAACUUAUAGGGUCAAUAAGGACAAAAAUACAAGCGGAUGAAGACAGUUCAAAUGAAGCUUUAACGAAUGCUGACUUUAAGAACGCCUUCGAAGCUCUUCAUAGUAAGGUGAAACUAGUGAACGACUUCUCAUCUGGAAAGAAACUGAAGUCUGAAGGUUUCGACAAAGAGUUAAGAGAAGUAGCACAAAAUAUGACGAAAAUAACAGAUGCAGCAACGAGACAGGCAGUUCAAAGUGCCUAUGACGCCGUUAGAGCAACUGUUGUGGAAAGUCAAGAAAAAGAGUUACAACAGACCAAAACAGACCUAGUAAAUGCUUUCUUAAAAACGAAAAGUCAGGUAGGACAUUACGCUGCAGAUGGAACAUAUGUGCCAGCUGGUGGAACUUAUAUACCAGCUGGUGGAACUUAUAUACCAGCUG